AUGGGCGUGCAGGGCUUCCAGGACUACAUCGAGAAGUACUGCCUGAGCGCUGUGGUGCCGGUGAAGCUGCAGAAGCUGGCCCAGGGCAGCCUGGUGGGCGGCGGGCGGCAGCGGCCCCGGCAGACCCUGCUGCUCCUGCUGGUGGAUGCCAACUGCCUGCACCGCCUCUAUGGCGGCUUCUACACCGACUGGGUCAGCGGCGGCCAGUGGAACCACAUGCUCAGCUACCUGGUGGUGCUAGCCAAGGCCUGCUUUGGCGGCAACAUUGAGCUCUUUGUCUUCUUCAACGGCAUGCUCGAGAAGGCCUGGCUGCACGAGUGGGUCAAGCGGCAGGGCAACGAGUGCCAAAUGGUGCAGCAGAUCAUCAGCCAUGUCCAGAACAAGGGCACCCCGCCGCCCAAGGUCUGGUUCCUGCCGCUCAUCUGCAUGGCCCACUGCAACCGCCUGGCUCUCAUCCGCUUCCAAGUCAAGGUUGCACAGAGCAUUGAAGAUCACCAUCAGGAAGUGAUUGGUUUCUGCAGAGAGGAUGGUUUCCAUGGCUUGGUUGCAUAUGACUCUGAUUAUGCACUGUGCAACAUCCCCUACUAUUUCAGUGCCCAUGCCCUAAAACUGAGCCAGAAUGGGAAAAGUCUCACCACAAGCCAAUAUCUGAUGCAUGAAGUUGCCAAGCAACUGGACCUGAAUCCAAAUCAUUUUCCUAUUUUUGCUGCUCCCUUAGGAAAUCACAUUCUGCCUGAUGAAGAUCUGGCUUCCUUUCAUUGGAGUUUACUUGGUCCAGAACAUCCACUAGCCUCACUAAAGGUCCACGCCCACCAGCUGGUCUUGCCACCUUGUGAUGUAGUGAUCAAAGCUGUUGCUGCCUAUGUCCUCAACAUUCAGGACACCUCUGACUUGGAUGCCAUAGCUAAAGAUGUUUUCCAGCAUUCACAGUCUAGAACAGAUGACAAAGUUAUACAAUUUAAGAGAGCAAUUGCAUAUUAUUCAGCGACUAGUAAGCCUAUGUCUUUUCAUCCACCUCAUUACUUACCCGGACCCGGUCUGUUUGGAAUGCCUGGGAUGGUGCCGCCACAUGUUCCUCCUCAGAUGCUCAACAUUCCACAGACCUCUCUGCAAGCAAAGCCCAUGGCCCCACAGGUGCCCAGCCCAGGGGGUGCCCCGGGCCAGAGUCCAUACCCGUACAGCCUCUCUGAGCCAGCAGCUCUCACUUUGGACACGAGUGGGAAGAAUCCAAUGGAGUAGAACAGCUACAGCAACGUUCCUCAUGAAGGGAAACACACGCCUCUGUAUGAGCGGUCCUUGCCCAUCAACCCAGCCCGGAGUGGCAGCCCCAACCACGUGGAUUCUGCCUACUUCUCUGGAUCUUCUACAUCGUCAUCUUCCGACAACGAUGGGGGCAGUGGAGGGACGACAAACCAUAUCAGUGGGAACAAGAUUGGCUGGGAGAAGAUGGGAAGCCACUCAGAGCCUCAGGCACGAGGAGACCCAGGAGACCAAACAAAGGCAGAAGGCUCAUCCACUGCCUCUUCAGAAAGCCAACUAGCUGAAGGCAAGGGAAGCCAGAUGGGCACUGUCCAGCCAAUGACAGUGCCCACCAGGAACCACAUGGACAUCACCACACCUCCCCUGCCCCGCAUUGCACCUGAGGUGCGGAGAGUGGCCGAGCAUAGGCACAAGAAGGGGCGGAUGUACCUCUACAUCUUCCAUGUCCUGAUGAAGGGUGAAAUCUAAAUUGCUGUUUCUAUUGAAGAUGAAGUCAACAAGGACCUGCCUCCAGCCGCUCUGGUCCAUAGGCCAGUUCAUCAGUAUGUUUAUGGAGUCCUGUUUAGUUUGGCAGAAAACAGAAAGAAAACUGAGAGACUUGCUUUUAGAAAGAACAGAUUUCCACCAGAAUUCUCACCAGUGAUCAUUAAAGAAUGGGCAGCUUACAAAGGGAAGUCUCCUCAAACCCCAGAACUGGUUGAAGCUCUUGCCUUCAGGGAGUGGACCUGUCCCAACCUGAAGAGGCUAUGGUUGGGAAAGGCUGUGGAGGACAGGAACUGAAGGAUUAGGGCCUUCCUGGCCUGCAUGAGGUCAGACACCCUGGCCAUGCUCAACCCUGCCAAUGUGCCCACUCACCUCAUGGUGCUCUGCUGCAUCUUACGGUACAUGGUGCAGUGGCCAGGAGCACGCAUCCUCCAGUGUCAGGAGCUGGAUGCCUUGCUGGCUCAGGUGCUGUCCCCCAAACUCUAUGAGCCUGAUCAGCUCCAGGAACUCAAGAUUGAGAACCUAGAUCCCCGACGGCCAAUCCCCUGGGAACACUGUUGUCCUUGGAUGUAUUUUGAUGGGAAAUUCUUCCAAUCCAAACUCCUCAAAGCCAGCUGGGAAAAGACCCCGCUCAUUGACCUCUGUGAUGGUCAGGCUGAGCAGGCUGCCAAGGUAGAGAAGAUGCACCAGAGCGUCCUUGAGGGGCUCAGCUUCUCCCAGCAGAACCACAUACUCCCUUUCCCACCACCUCCUGCCCUGCCCUUCUACCCUGCCUCUGCAUACCCCCGGCAGUUUGGACCUGUCUCACCCUCUCAGGGCAGGGGCAGAGGCUUUGCAGGUGUCUGUGGCUUUGGAGGCCCCUAUGGGGAAAUGGUAGCAACAGACCCCUACCAUGCCUUCCAUGUGGUGGCAGCAUCGGGACACCGUGGAGCCUUCUCAGGCAGUGAUAGCAGCAGGACUAGCAAGUCCCAGGGUGGAGUCCAACCUGUACCUUCUCAGAGAGGCAAACUAGAAAUAGCUGGCACUGUUUCUGUUGAAGGACCAGCUAGAGGGUGUCCAAUAGGAGUUAUUUCCACCCCAGUGAUUAGAACAUUUGGAAGAGUUGGAAGGUACUAUGGCAGAGGUUAUAAAAACCAGUCAUUGAUUCAGGGCAGACCUUUUUAUGCUGCUUCAGCAGAAGAAGUGGCCAAAGAACUUAAGUCAAAAUCUGGGGAAUCGAAGUCCUCUGCUACAUCUUCAGACGGGUCCCUGGCUGAAAACAGAGUGAUGGCCGAGGAGAAACUGGCUCCCCAGAUGAAUGGGAGCGUGGGUGACACCAGGACCCCCAGCCACUCUGAAAGUGCCUUGAAUAAUGACUGUAAAACAUGCAAUACAAAUCCUCAUCUAAAUGCACUAAGUACAGGCAGCGCUUGCCACAGAGAAGCUGCUCUGGAGACAGCUGUCUUAAAUAAAGAAGAGUAAACUUAUUUUUUAUAGAGGAUGAAGGAUGCUGGAAGGGUAAAGAUUUAGGAAUAUCUGCAGAGAGAGAGCCUGCAGUUAUGUACAUUUUGUCUUUUCCAUAAGAGAAAAAUGAGGACUUUGGAAAUUCAGAUCCCACUUUGAUAUCAGAGAUUUAAACAACACAUUUUUAGUUUUAACCAGUUGUAGUCAAAAUGCUACAAUAAAACAAAAAAGAGGAAGAAAAUGAAGAGCAUUUGACUCCCGCACUUAAAAUGAAGUACACAUAAAGUUUAAACUGGUUAUGACAAAAGCCUAU